CCCACCGGCUGAGAAAGGCUUUGCCGGCAGGGGCGAGAAGUCUGUGCGCCGGUUACAAUGAGCUGCAUCCUCCGGAGGCUGCUGAGCGGAGGAAGAGCCGUGUACCCGGCCGGGGCACCAUGCCUGCACUACAGCUCCGCGGCUCCUGAGCUCCGCGAGAGAACGCUGAUUGCCGUGAAGCCGGACGGGGUGCAGCGCAGGCUGGUGGGAGAGAUCAUCGGACGGUUCGAGCGCCGCGGCUUCAAGUUGGUGGGAAUAAAAAUUCUGCAGGCCUCGGAGGGGAUCCUGGCCAACCAUUAUCACGAUCUGCAGAGGAAGCCUUUCUAUCCUGCACUCAUACAUUAUAUGGCGUCCGGACCUGUGGUUGCAAUGGUCUGGGAGGGGCACAACGUGGUCAAAUCUUCCCGCUUGAUGGUCGGGGAGACGGAUUCUUCUCAGGCCAGGCCGGGUACUGUGCGUGGAGACUUCAGCGUCCACAUCAGCAGGAACAUCAUCCACGCCAGCGACUCGGUGGACGUGGCGGAGAAGGAGAUCGGUUUGUGGUUUCACAGCGCAGAAUUGAUCGACUGGGAAACAAAGGAUCAUAGUGACUUGUAUAACGUAUAGUGCUGCUCCGUGGCACCUCAGACCUGCACAGACCCUUACACCCUGCUGAGGGGCCCCAAAAAAGUUUCAUGGGGUGAUAACGAGUACAUGUCCCCAGGUUCUGGCUGUGGAUUCCCCCCCCCCCCCGGGCACUGACUGCUC